CUCCUUCCGUCAAAUCAUUGACAAAUAUUUUUCUAAUAAACCCUUUUUGCACGAAGAACAAUACUCAAAAUCAUGGAAUGUUUUAAUACAACCUCAGAAUCUACGUUAACUGAAGUAUUUCGGUGUUUCAUUUGUAUGGAGAAACUUCGAGAUGCCCACUUGUGUCCACACUGCUCUAAACUAUGUUGUUAUGUAUGUAUCAGACGAUGGUUGACCGAACAACGAUCCCAAUGCCCACAUUGCAGGGCGUCCCUUCAUCUUCACGAACUGGUUAAUUGUCGAUGGGUGGAGGAAGUUACUCAACAGUUGGAUUGUCUCCAAUCUGUCACGGGCAUGACCAAAGAAACCGAAACUGAAAGAGAUAAAUGCAAUACACAUUUAGAAAAACUUUCUGUAUACUGUUGGACUUGUCGCUGUUGUAUCUGUCACCAAUGCGCUCUUUGGGGUGGUACUCAUUCCGGACAUACCUUUAAACCACUAAACGAAGUAUAUGACCAGCAUGUAUCACAAAUUAAGGACGAAGUGGUACAGCUUAGACGCCGGCUAAUGGAACUGAUAAGCAUUGUCCAGGAAGUCGAAAGAAACGUAGAUUCUGUCAGAUCGGCGAAAGACGAACGUGUAAGAGAAGUACGAAAUGCUGUUGAGUUUAUGAUAAUGAGACUUGACACACAACUGAAAAGCAAACUUUUAACAUUAAUGGGCCAAAAAGAUUCUCUUACACAGGAAACAGAACAAUUAGAGCAUCUCUUAAAUGAAAUAGAACUCCAGUUACAUACCUCUUCAAAAUCAGAAUUAAUAUUAAAAAGUGAAGAUUUGUCCAAGAUGGUCAGUAGUAUAAGGAAAAAACCAAUGACAAGUUUCGUUACAGCUCCCGUGCCAGCAGAAUUUCAAAGCGAAAUAGUGCCUUCAUACGACACUAGUACGUACGUAAUGUACCCAUUUUCACAACUUCAAAGGAAAUCAGAUCCCGUGUACUCUAAUCCACUUCACAGCAAUGGAUUAUGCUGGAGACUUAAAGUGUAUCCGGAAGGAAAUGGUGUAGUGAGAGGAAAUUAUCUAUCAGUCUUCCUAGAGUUAACCGCGGGUUAUCCUGAAACGUCAAAAUAUGAAUAUCGAGUGGAAAUGAUUCACCAAGUAAGCAGAGAUCCUUCAAAGAAUAUUGUCCGAGAGUUUGCUUCAGACUUCGAAGUAGGCGAAUGUUGGGGCUAUAAUAGAUUUUUUCGACUAGAUCUGUUAGCGACUGAGGGUUAUUUGAAUUUAAUUAACGAUACGUUAGUAUUGAAGUUUCAAGUAAGAGCCCCUACUUAUUAUCAGAAAUGUCGGGAUCAACAAUGGUACAUAAAUCAACUAAAAGCAACUCAACUUCAGUAUGCCAUACAAGUAAAUGAAACAAAAGAAAACGAAGCAAAAGAACACAUAAAUGAAGCUACUGGUGAUACAGCUGCAGUACAUAACAAAAAUCCAACAGGAAGUACAGAUGAAACUGAAGCUAAUUGUUCAUCAAUAUCUAAAUCUGAUGCACCAAAACAAUCAACAUCGAUAGAAAACCCACAAUUGGAGUCUGCGGGUAUCAAAAUAUCCACUUUUCCAAGAGAUAGUAAAAAAGUAAUAUCUGUUCCGUGUUCAUGUAAUAAGAAAAAUAUGUCCAGUGAAAAUUCAAUAUGCAGUUCUACAUCCGAUUCAUCUAUACGAACACAGGUGAGUGGUCAAAAGUCUCAAGGAAACUCAUCAGUUCGAAGUAAUGAUGAAUGUCAGCAACUGAUAGGUGUAGGAUCCUCCAUAAGUUCUCCGAACUUACUUAAUUCUGCUGUGUCUCUUAUGCUUUCUAGUAGCAGUAGCGAAAGCGAUAUGAGCGAUACAGAGCACCUUAUUGAAGAUUUCAAUAACAGAGAGAACAAUGUAGAAUUUAUGGCUGGGGAUGAAGAACAUGAAAACAAUAUUAUAAGAAUGUCUGAAAGAGGUGAUUAUAAUCUUCCUUGUGAUUCUUAUGAAUGUCAAAACCCAGAGUCUGGAAAUUCUGUAGCAGAAAAGGAUAAUGCAAUAACCCCAACAUUAGAAACAUCACAGCAACAACCACAAACUUCAGAUUGUUUAUAAGCAUUGUCAAAUGCAGUGUUUGUACAGUACACAAAUAUUUUAUUAU